UCGGGGCGGAGCAAGAUGGCGGAGUGAGUAGGCGUAAAAGUUGCAGGUUCCGACAGAAAAUGUGAUUUUGACAUCUAGAACAGUUAAUUUUGAACAACAGUCACCCCUCAAGCCAUUGUAAGGUAGACAACACUCCGUUAGAAACUGAAGAGGAGAGAUACAUCUAGAGAAGUAAGCAUGGAAAGCAUAUACGAUGCUAUUCACUCUCUGUCACAAAGAUUUGAGGAAAGACUGGAUCAGUUCGAAAAAAAGUUUGAAAACUUAGAACAGCGCAUCCAGAAUAACGAAAUAGAGGUGACAGAAAAUAAAAAUGAAAUAAUUCAACUCAAAGCGCAAGUGGAUAGGCUGACAAAAGAGAACAUGAGCUGAAGGAAAGAUGCCUGGAAAUCGAGCGAUUCGGAAGACGAUGGAAUCUCAAAUUGAUCGGGCUACCGGAGAAGGAAAACGAGGAUACAAGAGAUGUCGUGAUCGGUCUUCUCACAAAAGUGAUUCCGAUGUCAGUGAAAAAAUUACACGAAACAAUGUUGGUACUGUCCAUCGUCUGGGAAAGAAAGAUGAUCCCGCCUUCAACAUGAGACCACGACCGACCAUCAUACAGUUUGGCAUGCGGACGACGAGAUCUGGAGGAGGUCGAGGGAGGCCAGAGUCUGCAAAGAGAUGCAUGUUCAAUUCAGACAGGAAAGUAGGCUACGCCAUGCGGGAUCUGGGAACCGGCUGCCCGGCGGCAGUCCGACGGCGCUGUCGGACGAGACGGUGGUGUCGGUCUGCUGCACGCUGCACGAGGUCACCAGCCGCAACAUGGAGAACGCCAAAGCUCCGGCCGACAGCCGAGGCAUCGAGAAGCUGGUGGACUUCAGUAAAGGACGGGGAAAGGGUACUCGAUGAAGGUUGUGGAGGCGGCAGCGCAGGUGUUGAACACGCUGUGGCAGUACAGAGAGCUGAGGAACCUCUACAAACAGUUUCCAAAGAGCCUGUCCACCCUCAGUGUCCUUCGGGACAGCAGCUGGAGGGACGGCUGCUACUGAUGGAUGGACUGGUGGACACCCCGCUGGCUCGGGUAACUCGCCACACCUCAACAUAAAGCUUUUCCUUGGGGACGUUUUGACCAAAAAGUAACUGUAACCUUAAAUCUGCUUAAGUGCUGCAUACAAGAGUUCUCCAAAAGGGCCACAAGUGAACUGAUCUCUCAUGUCAUCCAUUGAAUUCUAUGCAGAAUUUCUUCGGGGAAGGCGGGAUGUCUUUAUUUUUUUUCUGGAUUUGAGUGGAUGCAGAUCAGGUCUAAUUUUACCGACAGCUUGACGCUCAUGAGUUUGGUCCGUGCCAAGGGGGAGUUGUUCCCUGUUGCUCUUGUGCAAUAAACCACUGGCUGUAGGGUACCAGUAGUACUGACCUGCUAAAGAGGCUUGCCACUUUUUAUAAAAAAAAAGAGCCUCACAAUACUGUAUGUAUUUAUAUAUUUAUUUUAAAUACCUUUUUUAAACUAAUCAGGUGUUUUCCCUCUGGCAACAAGCGCCAAAGAUGCUGCUAAAAUGAAUCCAUCCCUGUUGGUUUGGGCACAUUUGGUCUCAUUUUUACAAGGUCGACUGUAUGUAUCUGUGUACAAAGCUUACUAUUAAAUGGCUAUUUAUAUAAAUAUAUAUUGAUGCAAUAUUAUUGAAUUUUAAAUGUGACCAAAAGGAAAAAGGUGUGAAUGUGUUUACAAAAUUGUCUCACCAUGGUGUCACUAAACUGUGCAUAUUAACUCUCUGAAAUAGUUUAAGGCCCUGUAAGGGAUCUGUUCUUGUUGCACUUUGUAUAAAUCUCUGAACUUACUGAUGUUCUUAUCUUCUGUUUACUAAUGGUUGCACUUCCUUUUACAUUUCAUCUUCGGGAUUUUUUUUUUUGUGGGAAGAUUUCGGUUCUACACGGCAUAAUGUAGCACUGUUUCUUUGUAAUAUUUGGCUAGUGUUUUUAAAUGGCCGUCACUAUGGCACAUUUCACAAAAUCCUGAGCCUUUUGUUCCUGUGAUGAGCUGAAUGAGAGAAACAUUUUAAUAAAACCCACUGAAUCAAAUAUGA